CGAAGAUGGCGGGGCGAAGUCUUGGACCCUCGAGAAGCAGCGUUCCACGAAGUCCGCUCCCGCCACCCGUUCAGCAACCCUCUGCACCUGAACCGGACCUCCUCGCUUUGGAGGAAGAAAAAAAGCGUUUAAAUGCAGAAUUGCAGGCAAAAACAGCUGACGUGGUUCGACAAGCUAAGGAAAUAAUAGAUCGGCAAGAACUACGAUCUAGGCCUCUUUCAACACAAAUGAAAUCAUGUGAUGACAAAGACGAUUAUAGUUUAAGAGGUCCAUUACCAUCUGAAGGGACAGUUGAUCUUCAUUCAGAAACUAAGUCAAAGACCAAAAACAUUGAUCCUGUAAACAAGGUUCAAAACAAAUUACACUCUGCAAAUAAAGGAAGGAAAACAAAUUCAAGUGUUAAAUUGAAAUAUUCUGAUGUACAGACUGCCAACGAUGUUGCCAUUCCAGAGGAUUUUUCAGACUUUUCCCUUGCAGAAACAUUUAGCAAAAUUGAAGGGCAACUGGAGGAAGAAGGCUUACCUGAAUAUAUAGAUGAUAUUUUUUCUGGUGCUAGUAACGACAUUGGAGCAGAAGCACAGCUCAGAUUUCUAAAGGCCAAACUCCAUGUUAUGCAGGAAGAAUUGGAUAAUGUUGCAUGCGAAUGCAAUAAAAAGGAGGAUGAAAUUCAGAAUUUAAAGUUACAAGUAAGAAAUUUUGAAGAUGAUUUUAUGAAACAGCGGCGAACAAUUCAUAUGCAACAGUCUCAAGUCGAAAAAUAUAAGGCUCUUUUCGAAGAAGCAAACAAAAAGUGUGAUGGAUUACAGCAACAGUUGUCUUCAGUAGAAAGGGAAUUAGAAGAUAAAAGAAGAUUGCAAAAACAGGCUGCAAGUAGUCAAAGUGCCACAGAGGUUCACUUGAAUAGAGCUCUAGAAGAAGCAGAAAAGUAUAAACUGGAGUUAAAUAAAUUAAGGCAAAAUAACAAGGACAUAACAAAUGAAGACCACAAAAAAAUUGAAGUGUUAACAUCAGAAAACAAGAAGCUAGAAAAACAAAAAGGAGAAUUAAUCAUAGGGUUCAAGAAACAGUUAAAAUUAAUUGAUGUUUUAAAAAGGCAGAAGAUGCAUUUUGAAGCUGCCAAGAUGCUGUCUUUCACUGAGGAGGAAUUUAUGAAAGCACUUGAAUGGAAUGGGGAAAUAAAUAAGUGAUCUAUUUCAGUGAGUCUCUAUGACAGUAUGUGAUGGAUACCCAUUUUCCUUACUGUAAUGGUUUGAAUUAUUUUUAUUCUUUGUAAGAAAUGAAGUUCUGGGAUUAUGAAAUUGAAAUAACUUCAAAGAAUUCCCUGUUUAGAUUUG